AAUGUCGCACACGAUUUUGCUGGUGCAGCCGGGACAGCAUCCGGAAACGCGCACCUACAGCGACUACGAAAGCGUUAACGAAUGUAUGGAAGGCGUGUGCAAGAUCUACGAGGAACAGCUAAAGCGACGCAAUCCCAACACACCGACCAUCACCUAUGAUAUUAGCCAGCUGUUUGACUUUGUCGAUCAGCUCAUAGAUCUUAGCUGUCUCGUGUAUCAGAAGUCUACCAACACCUACGCACCGUACAACAAGGAAUGGAUAAAGGAGAAAAUCUACGUACUGCUGAAACAGGCUGCUGGCACCACCGCGUAACGUUGAAUAUCUGC